AUGAAGAGGAUUCGUAAAUGUUAAUGUACCGGGGUGAGGCUCUAGAAGAUUUUACAGGCCCCGAUUGUCGUUUCGUGAGUUUUAAAAAAGGUGACCCUGUGUAUGUCUACUACAAACUGGCAGGGAGACCUCCUGAAGUUUGGGCCGGAAGUGUUGGGCGUAUUUUUGGGUAUUUUCCGAAGGAUUUAAUCCAAGUAGUCCAUGAAUAUACUAAAGAGGAGUUACAGGUUCCAACAGAUGAGACAGAUUUUGUUUGUUUUGAUGGGGGAAGAGAUGAUUUUGAUAAUUAUAAUGUAGAAAAACUUUUAGGAUUUUUGGGAUUGUACAGUUCUGCAACUGGAGAUUCUGAGAAAGCGAUAGAAAAAAGUCAGCGUGAGGAUACGCCUCCUGAAGUGUUUGAGGAUACACCUCCUGAAGUGUUUGAGGAAAGCGACCUUGAAACUGAACCAGUAGAAGUCAGCUCAGAGGAGGGUGAAAGUAUCUUCUCAGAAAACACUAAGGAACUCAAGGAAAGAUCUGGGGUCCAGAAGAACCACCCCCAUGGAAACAGUCAAACAGAUCGUGCUCAGGGGGACCCAUCUUCAUUUGAACCUUUUGAGGAACUGCUGCAGGAUAAACUAAAAGUGCCAGAAAGCGAAAACAACAAAACCAGCAAUGGUUCUCAGGUCUCGAGUGAACAGGAGAAGAUGGAUGCUUACAAACUUUUGAAAAAAGAAAUGACUCUGGACCUAAAAACCAAAUUUGGCUCUACUGCUGAUGCGCUUGUAUCCGAUGAUGAGACAACCAGACUCGUUACUUCAUUAGAAGACGAUUUUGAUGAGGACUCGGAUACUGAGUAUUACACGGUGGGCAAGGAAGAAGAGGAGAACGAAGAAAACUUUGAUGAGCUGCCGUUACUGACCUUCACCCAUGGCGGAGAAGAUGUGAAAACUCCAGCAAAGUCUGGAGUUGAGAAAUACUCAGCAGAUAGAGAGCAGAGUUCAAAUGGAGAGGAUACAGUUGAGGCAGCUCAGCCCCCAGGCAUCAGAAGCUAUGAUAAAAAUAUACUCACAACCUGGGAGGAUACUGUCUUCUCCUUCACGGAAGAUGAUGGACAAACGGGUGUGGAUUUAGGGAGUUCUGAUUCAGAGGAAGGAAAGGAAGGUGAUGAUGGGUUCGUCCCAGAUAGCAAACGGGGGAAACCACAAUCAGCCACAGAUUACACUGACCCUAAAAAGGUAGAAGAUAGUCUUUUGACUGUAGAUGUCCCUAAAACAAAUAAUGACAAAGACCCAGAAAUUCACAGUACAGAAGAAGGGAGGAAAGCUGAGGAAUCCAGGAGGGGCCUGGCACAGGACGAGGGGGGGCUGGAGGAGGAGAAGCAGGAGGGCGUGACUGCACAUGGUUCUCCUCAAAGCAGUGACCCCGGCUCUUCGCCAGCUGCUGGAAAGGGUAAAGAAAUGUUGGAAUUAGAAUUGGAUAACAAAAAAAAUGACCUGAAAGGAACAGCUAUUCAUGUUUCAAAAGGAAUGCUCCAUGAAGGAAAGCCUGGAGAGCAGAGUUUGGGAGGGGGCUUAGCUCCUGAACCGGUACCUGAAGCCUCAGGGAGUCAAGGGAACGAGGAAAAGGUUGGAUGGGAAUCUGUGGACGUUGCGCCGCCGUUGGGAAGUCACCAGCAUAACGCAUCCAAAGACAGGGUGGGAGAAGAACACGCUUUAGUAAGUGGAGUAAAACCGCACAUGCUUUCAGUGGAGCCUCUAAGUGAGGAAUUUAAAGAGGAACAGCUUAAAACUCGGAAUCAACCUAGACCCUCCCCUUUGGAUGAAAUUGGUUUGCCAAGAGAACCAGAAGAAGAGGGUCCCAUUUUGGGAAGAAAUCGUUCCUGGCCACAAGGAAGAGAAGAGGCUAUUGCACACAGUAAGCAGGUGGGUGAGAAGGUAAGGCAGUCCGAGGAGGAGGUCAAAGAGGACCCCUCAGGUGAAGAGUUGGCUCCGCACAAGCCCGGGGCGGGCUCGUGGGAAGUGGAGGCAACAGGGCAGGCAGAUAGCCUGGAAGGACCAGGUUUCCAUCCUGAGAAACCAGAGGCAGAAGACGAUUACAGCCCUGAAGAACUCCUGGAGGAUGAAAAUGCUGUAAGUGCAAAACAGUCUAAAGAACAAAGCCCCAAGGUCCCGGGCGGGCGGUUGGAUGGUAAUCUGCAGGCCCCCCCAAGAGCUGGUUUAGGCGCCAUUAAUCCUGACGCAGAAACGGAAGGAAGUAAAGAAGAAACUAGUAAUAUUCUGGAAGUUGAAAGAAAAAGUGAAACUUUGGGCCAAGGGGUAGACACGGGGGGCAGGGAAGCAGGGAGCGGGGUGGUGGAAACAGAAAGCCCUCCUGCAGCUAAGAAAGCACAGAGAGCAUCUGAAGUAAGGGACUCUCCUGACAGAAAAAAUCAGACUCUCCAGUUAGAUGAGAUGUUUCAGAAUCAAGAUACUGAUUAUUUUAAAGAAGACAGCCCUGAGGAAUCCGCACAGAAGCCUGUGAUAGAAGAACUCUCGGAAGAGGACCAGGAGGACAUUGAGGUGUUCACGGACACAGGGAGUCAGGCGUCUGCCACCGAGGAGCACGGAGAUGACCGGCCACACUGGGCGCCACAGACAGCUGGAAAGCCAGCGCACAGCGGCGAUGUGAAGGACUUGCCUAUAAUCGGCAGUUUCUUUAAGGAACAGCAGUCUCUGCAGAGGUUCCAGAAGUACUUUGAUGUCCAUGAGCUGGAAGCCAUGUUCCACGAAAUGUCUUUAAAGCUGAAGGCCGCGCAGCAGGAGAGCCUGCCCUAUAACGUGGAGAAAGUGCUGGAUAAGGUCUUCCGUGCCUCUGAGUCCCACAUUCUGAGCAUAGCAGAGAAAAUGCUUGAUACUCAUGUGACCGAAAACAGAGAUCUGGGAAUGAAGGAAAACAACAUAUUUGAAGAGGCGGCAGUAUUAGACGAUAUUCAAGACCUGAUCUAUUUCGUCCGGUACAGACACUCAGCCAUGGAGGCCACUGCACCACUCGCCACGGCACUGCUCCCGCAGGAAGGCUGGGGGGGCUCCAUGGAAGGGAUGCAACCACACCUUGAAGAUAAUUUCCCACGAGAUAACACAGAAGACAGUUUCCCACAAGAAAACGCAGAAGACCAUUUCCCACAAGAUAACGAAGAAGACCUUAAAGUACAGGUUCUCAAGGAGCCCAGCCACUUGGAUGAACCUGUGACUGGUGACAAGGGUGGCCCAGAAGUGUCACAGCAUCCAAAUACUGAGAAAGACGUAGACCCAGGGAUAAUUACAACAGAAAGCAGUCCUGUUGAUGCUAUUGAUGGAGAAAAGCAACUAGAAACAAAUGCUGAAGAGCCAGCAAGUGUCACACCAUUGGAAAAUGCAAUUCUUUUAAUAUAUUCAUUCGUAUUUUAUUUAACUAAGACGUUAGUUGCUACAUUGCCUGAUGAUGUUCAGCCUGGGCCUGAUUUUUAUGGCUUGCCAUGGAAGCCUGUACUUAUCACUGCCUUCUUGGGAAUUGGUUCAUUUGCCGUCGUCUUCUGGAGAACUGUCCUUGUUGUAAAGAGUAGAGUAUAUCAAGUCACUGAACAGCAAAUUUCUGAGAAGUUGAAGAAUAUCAUGAAAGAAAAUGCAGAACUUGUACAAAAACUGUCAAAUUAUGAACAGAAGAUUAAGGAGUCAAAGAAACAUGUUCAAGAAACCAAGAAACAAAAUAUGAUUCUGUCUGAUGAAGCAGUUAAAUUUAAGGAUAAAAUCAAGAAACUUGAAGAAACUAAUGAAAUUCUGGAUGAUACAGCUAAAAAUCUGCGUGUUAUGUUAGAAUCAGAGAGAGAACAGAAUGUCAAGAAUCAGGACUUGAUAUUGGAAAACAAGAAAUCUAUAGAGAAGUUAAAGGAUGUUAUUUCAGUGAAUGCCUCAGAAUUUUCAGAGGUUCAAAUUGCCCUUAAUGAAGCUAAACUUAGUGAAGAGAAGGUGAAGUCUGAAUGCCAUCGGGUUCAAGAAGAAAAUGCUAGGCUUAAGAAGAAGAAAGAACAGUUGCAGCAAGAAAUCAAAGAUUGGAGUAAAUCACAUGCUGAGCUCAGUGAGCAAAUCAAAGCAUUUGAGCAAUCUCAGAAAAAUUUGGAAGUAGCUCUUACUCACAAAGAUGAUAAUAUUAAUGCUUUGACUAAUUGCAUUACCCAGUUAAAUCGGUUAGAUUGUGAAUCUGAAUCUGAGGGUCAGAAUAAAGGAGGAAAUGAGUUAGAUGAAUUAUCAAAUGGAGAAGUGGGAGGUGACCGGAGUGAGAAAAUGAAAAAUCAAAUUAAGCAGAUGAUGGACAUUUCUCGGACACAAACUGCAAUAUCAGUAGUUGAAGAGGAUCUAAAACUUCUACAAUUUAAGCUUAGAGCCUCGAUGUCUACUAAAUGUAACCUGGAAGACCAAAUCAAGAAAUUAGAAGAUGAUCGCCAUUCGCUGCAGUCGGCUAAAGCCGUCCUGGAGGAUGAAUGUCAAACGCUGAGGCAGAAAGUGGAGAUUCUAAAUGAGCUCUAUCAGCAGAAGGAGAUGGCUCUGCAAAAGAAAUUGAGUCAGGAAGAGUUCGAGCGGCAGGAGAGAGAGCAGCGGCUGUCCGCUGCAGAUGAGAAGGCGCUUCUGGCUGUGGAGGAAGUAAAAACGUACAAGCGCAGAAUUGAAGAGAUGGAGGAUGAAUUGCAGAAGACAGAGCGCUCCUUUAAAAACCAGAUUGCUACUCAUGAGAAGAAAGCUCAUGAUAACUGGCUCAAAGCUCGCGCUGCGGAAAGAGCUAUCGCCGAGGAGAAGAGGGAAGCCGCCAACCUGAGACACAAGUUACUGGAAUUAACUCAGAAGAUGGCAAUGCUGCAAGAAGAACCUGUCAUUGUGAAGCCGAGGCCGGGCAGGCCCAACACCCAGAACCCUCCGUGGCGAGGUCCUCUGAGCCAGAAUGGCUCUUUUGGUCCAUCUCCAGUGAGUGGCGGGGAGUGCUCCCCUCCACCGACGGCUGACCCGCCUGCGAGGCCUCUCUCUGCUACACUUAAUCGAAGAGAUAUGCCUAGAGGUGAAUUUGGGUCAAUGGACGGACCUCUGCCUCGUCCUCGAUGGUCAUCUGAGGCAUCUGGGAAACCCUCUGCCUCUGAUCCGGGAUCUGGUGCAGCUCCCAUGAUGAACAGCAGUUCGAGAAGCUCUUCCCCUACGAAGGUGUUAGAUGAAGGCAAGCAAACUGUUCCCCAAGACCCUGAAGGUUCUUCAGUUCCCAGCAGUACAUCUGUGGCCGAGCAGUUGGUAGUAGUGACCAUGGCUGCAAAAGGGCCCCCUCCUUUCCCAGGGGUGCCCCUCAUGAGCUCCCCCAUGGGAGGCCCUCUACCACCUCCCAUUCGAUACGGACCGCCUCCUCAACUCUGCGGGCCUUUUGGGCCUCGGCCACUUCCUCCACCAUUCGGUCCUGCUUUACGUCCACCACUAGGCUUAAGAGAAUAUGCGCCAGGCAUGCCACCUGGAAAACGGGACCUGUCUCUUGAUCCUCGAGAAUUUUUACCAGGACACACACCUUUUAGACCUUUAGGCUCUCUUGGCCCAAGAGAGUACUUUAUUCCUGGUACUCGACCACCACCCCCCACCCACGGCCCCCAGGAUUACCCACCUCCACCGGCUGCAAGAGACUUACUGCCUUCCGGCUCUAGAGACGAGCCCCCACCUGCCUCUCAGAGCGGUAGCCAGGACUGUUCGCAGGCUUUAAAACAGAGCCCGUAACUCUGACCUCUGACAUUUAGUCCAAGAAAGUGGACUGCGCAUAUUCGUUAGAGUAAAGGGAUUUCAUUGGCUUCAGAAUCCAAAAGUUUAUUUUAAAAGGUUUGUUUUUAGAACUAAGCUGCCCUGGCAGUGUGCAUUUUUGAGCCACACAAUUGAAAAAUAUCAUUUCUCCCCUAAAUAAAAACCACCUCAUAAGCUAGAGCCUCCUUACAACUUUGAAAUGUGCAAUAAAGAAUACCUGUGUUUUAGUUAAUGUAGCGUAUGUACUGCUAAAUGAUUCAGAAGGUCAUGAGAAAUAUGAACAUUUCCUGUGGAAAUGCUAGAAGAACAUGUAUUUCCAUUUAUCAUCCUGUUUUUAGUGAACACCAGUUGAACACAGAGCAAUGGUGUUUAGCAGCUUGGUUUUUUAAAAUACUGGUCGCAAAGACUGUUACGCUAAAAAUGUUUACUAAAAGAUCACUCAACUUUCUCUCCCUUCUUGCCGAAGUUCUUUGUAGUAAUAGUUCAUAAAAAUUUGGUUAUUAGUAUUUCCCAAGUGUCUGUUGUUUCAUUGGAUUGCUUUCUCAUGAGACUUACCAUUCUGGAACCACGUAAACUCCGGCUCGCAGAACUGACGGCCGUGACUUGGCAGCACGCUCCCUGCUGCUCAGUGCUCGGGAGGUUCAACCUAAAGUCCCCUGGAAACACCACAACCGUAUGUCUUCCUCGUUCUUCAGAGAAGUCACUGGGCCCAUCUGUGCGGCAUUCACGUGCUUUCCGGUGACUUCGCAGCCUCCUUGAGGAGGGUCUCCUGAGCAUGAGCUUACGGUAGUGGCAAGAGUUGUUUGACCUCACCUCAUGUUCUGUGGCUUUUACCGUUCUUGCAUUAAGGGUGUGUAACAGAAAACUGAAAAUAUGUUGUGACUAUAAAAAGGAAAUUUCUUUUUCAAAAAAAAAGUAGUCUAUUAUUUCUCCCAUACUUUGCCUCUGGUUUCCAAGGAAAAUGGCAAAAAAGAUCAGAAGGGGGCAAUACUAUGAGAAAGAAUGAUUCAGGACUCUGCCCACAGUUCUUUUUGUUGACUACUACUACUCCAAAUUAGUACUGGAAUGUUGACACUUGUAUUUAAAAAUCAGUAAGUCUGAGAAUCCGGGAUUACAUCAUAUUUAAAGUAUUACUAUACCUAUUAUUACAUCAUGUUUUUUAAACAAUGUUUAAGAUUUAGAUUAAAUCCAAAUUUUAAAAGGCUGGUAGUAUUCACUGCUUAGACUAUACUUUCCCCUUCUCCAAAGUUUUAUGUCAUGAUACUACUGAAACCUACACCAUGACCUGUCACCGUUAUAAUAUUUAAUGUGCUAAUACCCUAUAAAAUAAAAAGAAGCAAAAGCU